AUGUCGGCGAAAGAGACGGUGGAUUUGAUGCGGAGAGAUUCGAGAGAGCGUUUGGGAAUGAGCGAGAUGUUGAUGAAUUUGUUGUUAAGGUUGGACUCGGUGAGAGGAGUGGAUCCCGGUGUUAGGGAUUACAGGAAGACGGUGAUCAGGAAAGUGAUCGCGUUGCAGGAGACGUUGGACGCCAUUGUUACCGUCGAAGAAAGUUCCGCCGCUGAAACCACCGGUGAAGAAACGAUAGAGAUGGUGCAAGUUCCGAUGGAAGAAGAAAACCCCUCGGAUCCAUGCCCCGCGGCUCAAUUCGAAGACAAUAGCCCCGAUCUCGUCGAAGUAGCAACAGAAACAGAUGGAACCCAAGUUCCUCAAAUUCAAAAAGAACUUUAUACAGAGAAAUCUCCAGAAACCAGUCACGAAAACGAAAGAAAUGAAGCCGAGGGAGAGAGAAUGGAGGAGAUCGAGCGAACAGAGAGCCAAACAGAUUCGUCUGCAAAUCCAGAAAUCCCUGAGGAAGAGAACGAGAAGCAGCAGCUACGGACUGAGGAGGAAACCAGAGGCGAAGGGAAGGAGAAGAGCAAGGAGAUGCUGGAGAGGAUGAUGGAGGAAAACGAGAGGAUGAUGGAGAUGAUGGCGCAGCUGUUCGAUCGGAACGAGUUGCAGACUCGGCUACUGAGUUCACUGUCGCAGCGAGUCGAGCAGCUGGAGAAGGCAUUCGUCUACGAUAGGCUCCGCCGUAAGAAGAGGAGGAACGCGGCGGCGACGAAGCUGGAGUCGCCGGAGGGGAAGAAACCCGGUCGAGGGUAG